AUGAGUGUAAAUAAUAGAAAAAAAAGUAUUUAUUUUUAUAAAAAUAGGAGCACAAAUAGUAUUGAAGUUGUAAACUCCCAAAAGAGUAAUUCCUUUAUGAGUAAUAAUUCAAACAAUGAAAAUAAAAACAAAAAUAUAAGUAAAACAAAAGAAGAUUUUCUAAAAAGUUAUUUUGGAAUUUUCAUUAAUAAUAAUAAUACUUGGAAAAAAUCCAAUGAUUCAAUAUUUUACGAAAUUAAAAGUUCAGAAGAGAAUAAAAUUAAUAGCCACUUAACUUUUGAAAGUGCCGAUGAAGAUGAAAUUGAAAAUAUAGAUGCACAAAUAGGAUCAUCAAGGAGAUCUUUCUAUUCUAUAUAUGACUACACCGAUGAAACUGAGAGUAGUGAUUAUAAUAUGUUAAAUGUGAAUCAAGGAUACGAAUUCUUUUACAAUGAAAAAACAUUAGAUCCAUCAAUUACAGGAAAAAUGCUCUUACAUGAGCUUGGAAAUAAUUACAUGCACAUCUACGAUACGGACAAUUUUUAUAGCAAUGAUGAAAGUAGUGAGGAUAUAACUGAAGAAGUACACUCCACGAGAAAUAAAAAAGCGGAUAAAAGUAGGAAAACCUCAAAAAGGGCUGCAAAAAAGACGGUAAAAAGGGCAGAAAAAAGUGCUGUAAAAAGAGAAGUAUAUAUCGCAUCGGACAGAGCAGCAAGAGGAGAAACGAUCGUCGAAACUCAAUUUGAGACAAAUAACAAAGCGAGAGUAAAAUCUGUAGAAGGAUCAAGAAACAGUCCUAUUAAAAACAUACGCAAUUUGGUGAAUCGCUACAAAAUGAAUAAAUCGCAAGCAAACAUUCAGUACAUUGGAAUUAUUACCAUUCUGAAAAAGUAUACAUACGUAAUAAAAAAAAACGGUAUUAUAUUUUUUAAGAAUAGAUUAAAUAAAAAGGAAAUACUUUUAAGUAGAAAAAUUAAAAAAAGGUUCAAUAGGUCUAACAAUUUUUACUCUACAUUUAGAAAGUAUAUAGGUGAUAUGCGAACGAAGGAAAAGAUAAAUAAAUGCUACUUUUUUAGAUAUCUAUAUUUUUGCAUGCUCAAAAAAAAAUUUCAAAAUUAUUAUAGGAAAAAAAAAUUAAAGACAUUAAUCAAGUAUGCUAAUAGACAAAAAAGAAGAAAUUCUUAUUUAAGCAAAUAUAUAAAAUGCUCUUUACAUGAUAAAUCUUAUAUGGAAAAAAAAGACUCUGAAGAAUUCACAUGGAAUAGAAGUCUUGUACAGAUUUCGCCAGAGGGUACAAAUACUUCUAAAGAAUCUUUAGAUAUUCAUAGUAAAUGCAAAGAAGGCGACAAAUAUGAUAUGGACUCCUUUGGCCAUGAUACGAAUAAUAAUAGAAGUAGCAGCAAUGCCUUUAUUGGUGAAAGAGAAAGAGAAGGUAACACGGAAUCUGAAGACAAACAUGUGCAAGUAAGUUGCGAAAAAAAAAUCAUGUCUUAUUCUGAUUUGGAUAGCGAUCUACAAAUGUUUAAAAAAGGGUCGAUAAAGAAAAAGAAAAAAAAGAACGCAGAAAAGGAAAUAGAAGAGGGACAAGAAAUAGAAUCAGGAAAGGAAAUAGAAGAGGAACAAGAAAUAGAAUCAGGAAAGGAAAUAGAAGAGGAACAAGAAAUAGAAUCAGGAAAGGAAAUAGAAGAGGGACAAGAAAUAGAAUCAGGAAAGGAAAUAGAAGAGGGACAAGAAAUAGAAUCAGGAAAGGAAAUAAAAGCCGAAAAGGAAAUCGAAGUGGAAAGGGAAAACAAAAUUGUAAACAAAGUGGAAAGAAACAUCUGCAGUCAAAUGAGCAUAAGAAGUGGUGCCAGUCUCAGUGCCAAUCCUGAGAGUCCAGUGGAAAAUGUGGACCCAGAGGACAAUAAUAAUGACGAAGGAUUCACAAAGAAAAAGAGUGCAUCCGAUUGCAACAGUGAAAACGAAGAAAUAGAUAUGCGUUCCAACUGUUCUCAGAUCUACAGUAAUUCUGAGAAAAUACAAAGGGGUUUAAAUAAUUCAAAAAUUUUUGUCUUAUCUGAAAAUAUAAAUGUUAUCGAAAAGAUUGUUAUGUCAAAAGAAGAAGAAAAACAUAGAAUGAAUAAUCAACAUAACAGUAUUAGCAUAAAUUUUUUAAAAAUCAUAAAUAACUCAAUUGAUACACAAAAAAAUAUAUGUCAUAAGGUAUGGGAGAAAAAAAGUUCUGAACAAGUAAGCAAUGAUAUAGCUAGGGGGGAAUCUGACCAUAGUAAAACAUCCGAAAUUAAUGAUCAUGCAUGUAGUAGUUUUUCUAUUAUUAAAAGUGUUAGCGAUAUUAUUUUCCCAAAUAUAAGUAAUGGUCAUAUUGAUAGUUUAGGGAUUGAAAACAGUAGGAGAGAAAGCUCUAGCAAGAAUAGCGAAGGAGGUACUAAUAGUGAUUGCAUUGUAGAAAAAAGAAAUUAUGAUAACAAGGAGAAAAGCAUUAGCGGGUUUAGUGACAGCAUUGUGGACCAGAGUAAUGAUAGCAACAAAAGAGAAAAUAUCAGCCAUCGCAGAAGUGUAAGCAUAGAUGAUAGUAUAACUGAGAAUGAAAAUGAAGCACAUAUACUUACUCAAAGCAAUAAUAGUGCUGCUAUAGUCACUAAAGAAUCAAAUUUUUCUGGAAAUAUUGAAAAAAUAAAUUAUGUCAAGGAUGAGGAAGAAAAUAAAAAUAGCAAAUAUACAUGUCAAAAGGAUACGGAGGAUAGCAAUAAAGAGAGUAACAAAGAAAGCAGGAACGAGAGCAGUAUAGAAAGUAGUAAAGAGAGCAGUAUAGAAAGUAGUAAAGAGAGCAGUAUAGAAAGUAGUAAAGAGAGCAGUAUAGAAAGUAGUAAAGAGAGCAGUAUAGAAAGUAGUAAGAGAAGUAAGGAGAGCAGUAUAGAAAGUAGUAAAGAGCGCAGUAUAGAAAGCAGUAAAGAGGGCAUCAAAGGGAGCAGUAAAGAGGGCAUCAAAGGGAGCAGUAAAGAGGGCAUCAAAGGGAGCAGUAAAGAGGGCAUCAAAGGGAGCAGUAAAGAGAGCAUUAAAGAGGUAAAGAAGUGUAUACUCACAGAUAACAAAGAAGAAUACAAUGAGCAUGAAAUAAUAAGUAAAAACAUACACUUGUUAGAAAAAAAAAAAAAUAUCCAAACAGAUAAAUUUUCAAAGACUAAAAAUUUAUGUCAUAUUGAUGAUAAGGGUAAUGAGAAGGACGUACGUUGUCCUAAAAUAGACGUAUGUAAUAUUCAUCAAAAAAAUACAAGUAAAGUUAUUAAUUCUGAAAAAGAUAUAGAAAAUAAUAUGGAAAUGGAAAUAAGAAAAAGUAUGGAAGAGAUGUUUAAGACAAUUUUUGAAAAGGAUAUGCUUGAAGAUAAUUCGGAUUUUACAAAAAUGGGUGUAACACGUAAUGCUAUUUGCGAAAAAUGGUUAGACGAAGAGGGCGUAAUGGAAGUAAAACAAGAGGACAUAAAGGGGGCGGAUGCAGCCGUAGAGGAACCGAACGUAAAGCAGAUGAACAAAAAAGACGUAAAUCAGAUACAGGGAGAGGAGAAAAACGUAAACGAAAUAGACGAAGAAGAGGGGGAGAUAGUGUCACUAAGGAAAUAUGGUCUUUCUUGUACUUGUCACAAACAAGAUGAAUUAUGCAAUGGUUUGAGAAUGGGGACCCCUAACAAUCUUUUUCAAUCGUUUGGAAGGGUUAAUAGAGAAUGCAAUAAUUUGGGUAAAGAAAAAUUAGAGACGAAAACAAAAGAAAGAUACAGAGUAUCAAAGGAAGUCAUAGAAAAAGAAGAGAGCACACAACAAAAUGAUAAACAUAACGUCGACGCGUUAGACGAUGCAAAUAAAUUGUGUUCUAGGCUGCAGAAUAAAAUUAUGAAGGAUAUUAAAAAGGGAUAUAUAAAAAAGAUGAAAAGGCUUUUCAAGAAAAGAUACAAAAAAAUAGAAAAAAAUAUUUCUGAAAAUAUUAAAACUAUUGUUCAUAAUUUUAACAGUAAUGAAGAUGAUUAUAAGCACCUUUCGGGUAUUCGCCUAACAGAAGAAGAAAAGAUAAAAAAAAAUAAAAGAAAAAUAAAAAAGAAGAAAAAAAAAAAGAUAAGAGAAAAUGGUAUAGAAUUAAUUAGAAAUUAUACAAAUGUUGAAAACUAUGCACAAUUAGACAAUCCCGUUGUUAAUAAUGAACAAAAUGAUCAUAAAAAAAAUUCAAUCUGCGAAGUAGGUCAUAACAAUGCCAUAAUUCCUAGCAGUAUUAGUGAGGAUAUAAAGAGCAUGCCGCAAAAUAGCUAUGACAAGGAUAGUACAAACUAUUUAGUUAAUCGCUAUAUGCUUACCAGAAUUAAUAACGAUAGUAAUAGAGGUAAUCCUUUUAGUACUGGAAAUGUUGGUAGAAUUUAUCAUGAUGCACUUAGUCAAAAUAACACUUCUAAAUGUUUCGGUUCGUAUUGUAUAAACCAUCAAAAUAAUAUGAAUAAGAUGAAAAGUAAUUCGAGCGAGAAAAGUAGCCAUAUGUGUUAUGAGCCCUAUAUAAAUAUAAUGAACAUUCUUGAGAAACAUAAUUCUGGUGAGUAUGAUAAAAAAGGAAAAAUAGAAAACGAGGAAAUAAAACUUGGUAUUAUUAUUCCUCAAAAUAAUAUUAGAAAUUCAAAACAAAAUGUUAUACUUAAAAAUUUAAAAUAUACAGGACUUCCUUUUAUAUCUAACCACUUUAAUAACGGAAAUGAAUUACUUAGUCAGCUGAAUUUUACUGAGAAAAGGAACAUAGGGGGCCUUUUCAAAAAAAUAGAUACUAUCGGAAAAGGUAGUAUGAGUGGAAAAACUGAUGUCAAUACAGAUGAUGGAAUAAGCAGAAGGAAGGACAUCCAUAUGAAUGUUAAUAUGAACAGAUCUACGAAAAACGUCAAUGUUUCAAGCAAAAUUCAUCCUUUUGAAUUUGUUAGGGCCGAAAGAGAAAAUACCAAGCAACUUAGUAGUAACGAUAUUCUAUUGUAUAAUAGCACUAGUGAACGUUUUAUAAACGACAACAAAAAGAUUAAGAAAAAUAAGGAAGAGAAAGAAGAGCAUUUAGUGCUUAGUUACCAAGCAAGACAUAAAAUAAAAACUCCUACCAUCAAAACAAGUAUACAGAAAAUUAACAAAACGCUGUACUAUCAAAAUAAUAAUAUGUAUAAUAAAAUUUGGAAUAAAGAGACAAAACAUAUAAAUGAAAACAAGUUAAAAAGUACUGCUAUCUUUUUUAUUCAUAAAAGAGGAAAAUUAAAUAAGAGCACAAAAAGUGAAAAAGGUAUUUAUACCUUAUAUCAAUCAAAAAAUCAAAUGGAUCAAAAAUAUUUUAGUGAUAAAAGAAUUUCUCCAUAUUGGUUAUAUAGAACAAUUAAACAUAGGGGUAAAUACAUCCCAAUUACAAAUGUUAAUGAUAGAAAUGUAUUUGUAGAUAAAUCUACUUAUUAUUCAUUAAUAAAAGAUAGUGUUUCCCCCUUUUAUUACUAUGACACUUCAUGUAUUAACAGAGGGGACCUUUCGAAUAAUACCUCAUUGGGCAUACAAAAACUGGAUGAAGUUAAAAAAUAUAAACUGGAGCAAUGUGGAUAUAUGAAUGAUGCUUGUGUAGUUAGUUGCAAUGGUGAGAGCUACUUGCAUGUAAACCGAAAUGUGGCUAGUGGCGCCAUAAGAAGCAGCAAUAAUAGCGCUGUGGAUGGAAGCCGGGACAGCAGCAUAAUCGAUGGUAUGCACACGCAUACAUACAAUAGUGCCAUUGUUCUAAGGAGUGGAAGUAGUAACAGGGCAAAAGGAGAUUAUUUCCACUUGUACAAAACAAAGGCCAUUUGUAAUAGCCACCUGUCCGAUUUGAACAACAUAUCAUAUGAAAUGUCAAUAGGUUAUGAAGGCACAAGCACAAUAAAAAAUUGUCAAACAUGCCAAAAGUCUCAGCAGGGAAAUGCGCUUUUAGGUAGUAGUAUUUUUAAUAGAGCUUACGAUAAAGGGAAAAUAAGCAUAAAUAAAAAUAGCCACCUAAUAAACAAAUAUAACAAGACUUGUAGACAAACGCACUUAAUAGGUGUGAGGAGCAAGACAUGUACUAACAACAAUAAGGACAUUAACAAGAGUAACGACAUGAACAACAGUAGCAACAUGAAGAGAGUUUCUCGAUGUAGUCAACAGACUCAUACGUACGCCUUAAAUAGAAGUAUACUUUGUAAAAGGACAAAUUUGGCAAAAACUCCAAACGUCAAAGAAAUGUACGACGUUAGUUAUGAGCGUGAGGACGUGAAAAAGGGGAACAGUUCGAUUUUUCAAAAAGAAACAAAACAAAGUUUUAAUUGUUUGGACAAAUAUCAUCUACACAGAAAUGUUAGCAGCAUUGUAAACAGAAUUGUAAACAGACGUCUAAACAACGAUGCAGAGAACAACGGUGCGGAAAGAAAGCAGUGUUUUCUUAGCAACAGUAACGAUGUAAGAUUUGCACGGUUAAGAAUGAAAAUAAAAAAUAAAAAAGAAAAUAUGGAAAAAAAGGAAAAUAUGGAAAAAAAGGAAAAGAUCGAAAAAAUGGAAAAGAUCGAAAAAAAGGAAAAGAUCGAAAAAAACAAUAAUAAUGCUUAUAACAAAAAUAACGGAAACAACGAAAGUAUAUGGAACUUAGCAAAUUGUUACAUUACAAGUGAUAGCAACGCUCUUUACACAAAUGGAAAAUUGCAUAACGAUAAUAUUUUAAAAAAGAAGAAUAAAAAUAAUUUAUUCCCAGUCCAACAUAAUAAUAAAACAAAGAAAGCAGUAAAAAGAGACAGCGAAAAAAAUGAACGUCACUCGUGUAAAAUGAAAGACGGGAUAUUGUCAUGUACUAGUGAUUUUCACAUAAAUAAAAUUACUUCAAAAAACUGCAUUUUAAAAAAUAUGUGCACUAGUGCAUAUAAUUAUUUUACUAAUAUAUAUGAUACGAGAACAAAUGAAAAGGAUGUAGAAAUUAUGAACAAGUAUCAUCUUAAAGUAAAAAAAAUUUCUUUCAAUCGCAAAAAUCAACCUUAUCAAAUGACUGAUAUAUAUAAUAUAAGAAACAUGCCAUUUUAUAUUUCAAAUAAUUCUUUUUUCUUUGAUAAUGUAUUUAAUACUCAUAUAAAAAAGGUUGCACUGAAUAAUAGGAACAUUCAAAGUUUUCAUAUAUGCUCCAUUAAUUCUUCACCAUAUGAUCAAGUGAAGAGCACAAAUUACAGGCAUUAUAUGGAAAAUAUAGGUAUAUACAGGGAUUUCUGA